UCACUGAUUUUUAGGCAUGAACGUGGAGCCCUGCGUUGCAUACAGCGACAUGACCUCCAUGGAUUCAUAUUAUAGCCCCUCUGCAGCGGUAGGUAGGGAUCACCAGACGGACCACUUUAGGACAUUCUCAGCCACUGACACCAAAUACAGCCCCUCUGCUGCCUUCCUGCCCAACAAAGGUCAGGCUUACGGAGAAAAGUCCCGGAGCCCCUUCCAGCAGGAGUGCCAGUCAUUGGAUGCCGCCGCAGCUGGGCAAGGCACUUUCAGCAAAUACCACCUCUUCAUGCAGAGGUCCUCUUGCAAAACACCCCCCGAGGAGGGCAAACUGCACCCGGAGAGCGGACACAACGGAGCGCUCAUCUCCUGCUAUGGAAAAGUUUCUAACCGUCGGGCAAAAUGGAGGAAAAGGGAGCGUUUCGGUCAGAUGCAGCAGGUCCGAACACAUUUCUCAACAGCUUACGAGCUUCCUCUUCUGACGCGUCCUGAGAACUACGCACAGAUUCAGAACCCCUCUUGGAUUGGCGGCAGCAGCGCGGCCUCUCCCGUGCCGGGCUGCGUGGUGCCCUGCGACACUGUGACCCCCUGUAUGACGCCCCACCCCCACUCUGCCAGCGGGAUGUCUGAUUUUCUGGGCAUGUCGAGCCCCGGAGGUCAUGUGGGGCAGGCUCACAUGGGCAGCCUGUUCGGAGGGCCUCCUGGCAUGGCGACAGGCCUCAACACGUACGAUCUGAACAUGGACCCCGACCGCAAGUCCUCCAGUAUCGCCACGCUGCGUAUGAAGGCCAAAGAGCACAGUGCAGCCAUAUCCUGGGCGACAUGA